AUGAAUUCUACUCCAAUAAAGACGCAGCUGUAUAAUUCAGAUGAAGAAUUGCAUAUUCUGACACCAAUUCCACAACGAGUAAUGACUCCUCUAACAUCUCCGUUUACUCAAUCAAUUCUUAAAUUGUCUCCAAUUAGGGCAUUUGCAUCGCCUCAGUCCAACUUCAACCAAUUGUAAAUUUCAAAUAGAACUUUCACCCCUAAAACCCUUUGGGCUUCAUUGGGAAACUUGUCUCCAAUAUGCCAAGAAGUGGCUCGUCCAGAUCUUCUAGCUACUACGACCCGGUUUAUUCAAAAAUUGGAUUUUUCAAAGGUACUGGAAGGAUCUGCACGUUUCAAAGCAAACUCUAUUGCAGUUGAAAUCAAAGUUCAUGAUGACGCUAACGAUGAAGGAAGUCUAUUGGCUUCUCUAUCUAACUGCAAGCCCAAAAAAAGGCCAAGAAACCCAGGUAAAACUGAUAAAAAAAUUUGCUGCAACUGCUCAAAAUCUAGAUGUCUGAAAUUGUAUUGUGACUGCUUUAAAGCAGGGACUUAUUGUGAAGGCUGCAGCUGCGUAGACUGUUAUAAUAUACAAGAGCACGAAAAUAUCAGGGUUAGCGUAAUUAACGCGAUUUUAGAAAAAAACCCGACUGCUUUUAAGCCGAAGAUUAAAACUGUAUCUGUGAAAGGGGAGCAAAAAGAAAUGCACAAUACUGGGUGCCAUUGCAGCAAGUCUGCAUGCUUGAAGAAAUAUUGCGAAUGCUAUCAGAGUGGCAUUUUGUGUGGGCCCAGCUGCCAAUGCUUCGGGUGUAUGAAUACGAUACAAAACGAAGUGAAAAGAAAAAACACACAGGUUUUUAAAGUAGGGCAGCUAUUCCGUAACUAA